AUGGCAAGGCCGUGGCAGGACAACGUGGAGAAGUUCGAUGUCGUGGCGCAGUUUAAGAACCACAACAUCGGACUCAUCAUCAACCUGCAGGAGGCGCAGGCUGCGCUGUCGACUGCGGGGCAGCCGCCCAGCAGGGUGGCUCCUGGGUGGCUGGCGCUGGCGGGGUCUUUCGACGCAAUUGAACGGUGGCCGCCGCAGGGCGUACGCGGCGCAGCGGUGGGAGAGCAUGCAGAGUGCGGCCCAGGCAACCUGCCAUGCUGCGGGUUCACCUACAAUCCAGAACUCUUUAUGGUGGCGCGCAUCGGAUUCGUCAACCUGAGCUGGAGGGACAUGGGGGUCCCGACGCUGGACAAGAUGAUGGACAUCGUUAUGCAGCACUGCACCGCCGUGGAGGGCCGCCGCGUCGCGAUCCACUGCCACGCCGGCCUCGGCCGCACCGGCCUCGCGGCGGCGUGCUUCCUCGUCUUCACCCGGGAGGCCCCCUCCGCCGCCGCCGCCGUCACCGCGGUCCGCGCCGCGCGGCCCGGCGCGCUGCAGACGCCGGCGCAGGUGCUGUUUGUGUCGAUCUUUGAGCAGUACCUGUCGCACCUCCGCUGCGCGUUCAGGGCGGCCGACCCGUCGAAGCUGUUUUUGGGGCGCGAGUCGUUCUUCGUCGCGCGCACCAGCCAGGCGCUGCGGCGCACGCAGUCAUCCCGCGGCAGCAGCGGCGGCGGCGGCGGCGGCGGCGGCAGCUUCGGGCGGGGGUCGGAUGCGGCGGCGGCGGCGGAGGCGGCGCUGCUCGCGGCGGCGGACCCAGUCAGCGCCGCCGCGGCGCUCGGGCCCGUCGCCAUCAGCCCUGUCGCGCCCGCCGACGCCGGGGCCUCCUCAGACCCCGGCGGCCCCGCGCCGCCGCAGCAGCAGCAGCAGCAGCAGCAGCACCCGGCGCCCGGCUUCGUCAUGCACGCGCGCCGCCUCAGCGGGGGCGGCGGCAGCAUGAAGCUGCUGUGCAAUCCGUUGGAUGCGAUCAAGGAAGACGACCGGCCGAUGCACAUCAUAACCACCGAAAUGGCGGUCACAGAGGUCUACGGGGACGGGCUGACCAUCAUCCGCGCUGCGCCCGGCUGCAGGGACGCGGCGGAGCGGCCGCUCAAGCUGGAGCAGGCCCUGGCCGCUCCCGGCGAGAAGGAGCUUGGACUGGACGCACGGCUGCCCUGGACCGAGAAGUUCCAGCACUGA